CCCUGGACUAGGAACUGUCGGUAUCCGCGCGCUACACCUCCGGAGGUGGGCCAGGUUUCCUUGACGUCGUCGAACAGCGGGUAGCCGGAUUCGACAAGCUUCUUGGCCAGCGCAUCCGGGUCGUCGACAAAGAUCUGGAAGUUGAUGCCCCGGCCCAGAGGGAGGUCAAAAGGACCCGUCGCCCAGUGACGGUGGGCUUGGGCGAUCAUGAAUUCGACGGUGCCGCGGCGUAGGUAGGCGUAGCCUUCACGCUCGAAGACGACUUUGAAGUCUAGGAUCUCGGUCCAGAAUUUGUAGGAGGUUUUGAAGUCCAGGACGAAGAAUUCGGGGAUCAUGGGAGCGACGCCGCCAUCGAUGAAAAAGUCGUCUGCUGGCAUGUUGUUGGAUUUUUCUUUUUCUCUUUCACAGGUCAAUUGAUUGUGGGAUUGAUGGUGGCUGGAUCUGUUUCUCAUCAGGGCAUGCACUCAUAUUUCUAGCAGCGCUCCGAUUGAAGCGAAACCACCACGAAAACACAGAAGGAUUCCCUCUUGGCGUGGGGGCUGUUCUAUUAUCGAUGGAAGCUCUUCGCGAGACUGCAAUCUAUCUGGCUUCAUCGUCAUCAGCAGCUGCCGUUGUUUCACCAAUCGGUGGGCAUCCGACCCCGAAGAACGACCAAGAUAAGGAAGCUCUGACCACGGCUCCACGAUCCUGGAGGGUUUGACUUGCUGUCUGCAUGGCCAUGGCUGUCUGGUAUCUGUAUGCUGGGCAUGGAUUGCAGCAAAGCCCUACGUAUGACCUGGUGUUGCAGUGCAAUGCGUUAAUAGCAGCUCAUCGACUCUGUCUACGUAUCAAGUCCACAAGCUUCUCUCUGCAUUCACAGCCAUAUUAAUGACCGGUUUGAAGAUGUCCGUGGCAAGACUGCAAUUGACCAAUCUUGAAAAUGCUAGAUUCGCGGGUAGCCCUGAUGAAGGAUCUUGAUCUCGAUCCUGUCAUCAUCUGACUCUGUCGGACACCUCCGCCUGAGAAGCUGCAAUUCCUGCUGUGAUAGUCGGAACAGUCCGUGUGGAGACCGUUGAAUAGCACUUCGCCUAUAUCCUUUGGGGCUAUGGAUGAUUAUGGUAGGUCUAGUAGCCCGCAAGGCCCUAAUAGGUAUCGACAUGGUGCUGAUAUCAACCUGCCUCAACCCCCACGCUAGAUCUGAUAUCAGCUUAUUAGACUUUUAAUCUGUGGGAUAGGACGAUAAGCUAUGCACAGCUUUCUUUAGAUUGGCUCUGGUUAGAGUUGUGUUGUGUUGAGAUAUCCAUCCAUGUCGGGGUUUAUGUCCCUGCUUUCAACACCUUUAUCAAUAACCACACACAGGUCUUCAUCAUGAUUGUGAUACAAGGGGAAAGACGGAUAUAUAUCCUUUUUCAUCUUGCUAUCUUUCGAGGAUAGCCGUCCUUGUUUUGGAGAGAUUUGAAACCCUAGUUGCUGCUCAAUCAUCAUGGGAAACGACAAGAACAUGGAAAAGUAUCCAUCGGUUGCCCAAGACACAGACAUCGAGAACGGAAUUGUUACUGCCAGUGAUACCCUGAGUGAGAAGCAGCAUCACGUCAAUCAAUAUGCCAACGACCUUUCCGACGUCCAGGCGUCGCAGGGCUGGUUUGGCAGCCUUGUGCGGUAUACCCGGUACCUUCGUAUUGAAGAACGAGGCAUUGAGCGGGUCAGGGAGGAAGAUCGGUAUAACCAGAGCGUCCUAACUGGAUUCACCAUGUGGGCAUCGGCCAACUUCACCCCUUCCACCUUCGCAACAGGUCUCCUGGGGCCAGUAUUCGGACUCGGAUUCUGGGAUUCAUUUGCCAUAAUAGUUAUCAUAAACUUUACAUUCUCCUGGAUAAUCUCCUGGUUUGGCCUCCUUGGUCCGCAGACGGGCUUGCGUGCAAUGUCCAUCAGUCGCUUCUCAUUUGGCAUCUGGGGCCUCCGAGUCCUUGUGAUAUUGAACCUGUGCGGUGCAAUUGGAUGGUCGUCAGUUAAUGCCAUUGCCGGUGCUCAGGUUCUGAAUGAACUGUCUGAUGGUAACUGUCCUUUAUGGGCAGGCAACCUGAUCAUUGGCGUGUGCACUGGUGUCAUAUGCUUCUUUGGCUACUACGUCGUGCAUACAUUUGAGAAAUACUGCUGGAUAGCACAGCUGUUCUCUUUUAUCUUUGUUGCUGGGUACGGAGCCAAGCAUUUUGAUGCAUCUGCCCUUCCCAUGGGAUCUGGGGGCAAGGAGGCAUCCGGUGCCAUGUCCUUCAUCGCCAGCAUCUAUGGCUUUGUUAUCGGCUGGGCCAGUGCAGCUCCUGAUUAUAAUGUGCGAAUGCCAGUCAAUACCAACAGGACCAAGCUCGUGCUAGCUACUUGGGCAGGCAACUUCUUUGGAACCACUAUCCCGGAGGUCCUGGGAGCAGCAUUCAUGACAGCUGUUGCCAAAGACCAAGCCUUCGCAGAUGCAUACGACAACCGCGGAGUCGGUGGUCUGAUGGGACAAGCCCUGAAACCACUGGGGGGAUUUGGAAAGUUCCUCCUUGUGCUUCUGACCCUGAGCAUCGUCGGCUGCAACCUGAUCAGCAACUAUUCCCUUGCGUUCAUGUGCCAGAACUUCCAUCCGGCUCUGAUCAAGGUCCCCCGUUUUGUCUGGACCAUCCUCGGAACAGCUGCUGUGAUUGCAAUCUCCAUUGCCGCUGCUAAUACUUUCAUCGACGUUAUGGAAUCCUUUCUGAGUGUUAUCGGUUACUACGGGACGCCCUUUGUUGUUGUUCUCGUUUGCGAACAUUACAUCUUCCGAGGAGGCCAGUAUCCGCUCGAUGACUGGAACAACAUGGACGUCAUGCCCUAUGGGAUUGCCGGGGUCUUUGCUAUCGGCAUGGGGUUCGUCGGCGCUGUCCUUUCUAUGAAUCAGACGUGGUAUGUUGGCGUCGUCUCGAGAGCAAUCCAUCCUCCUGCUGAGCUGGGUUGGAUCUUCAGCGGUGCCUUUUCGGGCAUUGGGUUUGUUCCAGUUAGAUGGCUGGAGAGGAGGUUUACGGGGAGAUAAAGCUUUAUUUGUACUAUGAUAAUUGCACUGGAGAACUUGUGGAUCGAUGACUUAUUUUCUCUCCCAAGGGCUUUUACGCCUGAAUAGCAGUCUAGGGCUCGUUCUACCCAGUGAAUUGAGUGAAGCAAAGUGAAUCGAAUCCUACCUAGUUCUCUCUCUCUUUCUCUUCUUCCUGCAUGAGUCUGUCGAUGAGGGUAAGCUUCGAAGACAUAUCAGUCCCCGAGUGGUUGUUCAGACUGAUUGGACAUAGAUCGGAUAUAUUCCUAAUGAGAGGCUUUUCAGGAAACCAUUUAAUGGUGAAUAUAAACUGGGGCUCAAUCAUAGGAUGACACCCUGGUGGAUGGUGUGGCUUGUUCGUUGGAUUUUGGCAUGGGGCUCUCCUGAGAGGCAUUGUUUAAUGAUCACAAUCUAUGAUCUUGUUCUUGGGUCUUGUUGGUUUGUCUCGCUUUACUAUUCUCCCUCGUGCAAAUUAACCAGCUCUUCUGGC